AUGGUGACCACAAGAAACACUAGCACGGAGGAUCAGACGGAGAUGUGGAGAGUGAUGGAGCAGAGAAUGAUGGAGAUGCAACGAAAGCACAAGGAGGAAAUGGCAGCAGUGCGAGCGGAAUGUCUGGCCCAGAUCGCGAAGAGUAAGGACGGGGAGAUCGGAGGUGAGCAGGGCGAGGGGGCAGGAGAGAAACAGACACCAUUAGAAGGGGAGAAUAGUAGUGCUCGUACAGAUGGAAGAGAGGAGAAGGGGAACAAGGACAGUCGUUCACUGGUUAAGGUGGAAGAGUCGACCACCAUGGUGACGUUCGUGCGGGAAAUUAUGGAAGUACACAUAUCGAAGCAGUUCAUACCCCCUCAGUUCAAAAUGUACGAUGGGACGUCCGACCCCACCGCCCACGUUAAGUCAUUCAUCAAUGCCAUGACCUUCCGUACCGGGUGUGAUGCCAUUUGGUGUCGGACAUUCUCUUUGUCCCUGGAGGGAGAGGCUUUAGAAUGGUUUAAUUCGUUGCCGGUCAACUCUGUUGAAAACUUCAAGAGUUUGGGAGAAAUGUUCAAAAAACAAUUUGCGGCGUGCAAUGCGGAGGAUGUGACAGUGGUGGACUUGAUGAACCUUAGGCAAGGAAAGGAGGAACCACUGAAGGUCUUUAUGGAUAGGUACCAGAAGACAAUACGGAGGGUAAAGGGGCUCGGCCUGGAGCUCGCCCUCCAAUACGUAAUGCCAGCCCUUAGGCCGGGGCCGUUCAAGGAUAGUAUCUGCCGGAACCCCCCUCGAACGAUGGAGGAACUUAGACAGAGGGCAGCCGAUGAAGCUAGGGUGGAGAAUAUGAAACAACAAUAUAGAAAAGAGGCUCAGGAGGGUAGGAUGGACAAGUCCGACGGGAGAAAGACGGACGGUCAGGGAAGUCGGAGCGGCCAAAAGAAUAGAGAGGGACCGAGGGGCCCGCGUUUUCAACAAUAUACCACGCUUAACACUCCUAGGGCUCGGAUAUUACAAGAGGCGUUGAGUGCACAGAUUAUGCAAACUCCUCUGAGGCAGCCAACUCCUCCGGGAGCGGACCUGACCAAACGUUGCUUGUACCACCAGAACUCGGGCCACGACACGGAGGAAUGUGUAACGCUGAGAGAUAAGAUCGAAGAAUUGAUCCACGCGGGUCGUCUGCAGCGAUACAUAAAGGAGAGCGCGCCCGACCAGUAUACCGACAGACCAUCCAGUCCCAAGUGGACAAGCCCGAGGUGA